CUCUUCCUCCUCCUCCGUCCUCUCCUUCUUCUCUCGCCUCACGGAUUUUAUAGCUCCCAAAAAAAAAACCAAGAAAAUAAUCUCCCUCUCACGGCCUCGCGUCCUCCUCCUCCCAAUUUUUUUUCUCCCCAAAUUCCUCGCUCUCGAGCUCCCCGGAUCCCGAAGGCGCGGCGAUUUCUUCGAUUCGGCCGCGGGAAGGAGGAGAGGUGCUCCGAUUUGAUUGCGGCGGGGCGCCGCCCGCCGCGGGGUGAUUUUGGGCGGCCGGGGAAUGCUCUACCUCAAGCAGCCGGGCGCGGAUUUAGGGUUCCGGCCGGCGGCGGCGGCGGGGCUGUGAUCUGCUGACCAGGUCGGCGGAUGCGAGGUUGAGCCGUGGGUAGUCGGCCGGCCAUGGCGGUGGAGGCGGAGGCGGAGGUGGAGGUGGAGGUGGAGGCGGGGGGAUGCCUCCUGCAGAGCUUCGAGCUCUACGAGGCCGAGUCGAAAUUCUAUAUUCUCGGAACUAACACUGACAAAACAUCAUGGAAACUACUCAAGAUUGAUAGAAUCGAACCAUCAGAGCUCAACAUUGAUGAGAGUUCAACUGUGUACUCACAUAGUGGAUAUCUUGAUCUGCUAAAGGUUCUUGAUGAAGACCACAGGUCAACUGGUGGAGUAAAAUUUGUUACAAAAUGUUUUGGAAUCAUCGGUUUCAUUAAGUUCCUCGGACCUUAUUACAUGCUAAUCAUCACCGAGCAGAGAAAAAUUGGGGCUAUAUUUGGCCAUCCAGUUUACCAAGUUACUAGGACUGCAAUGAUUGAGCUGUCAAAUUCCGAGUCGAGGGCAAAAUUUCUAAAUUCCAAGGAUGAAGACAGAUACAAGAAGCUCUUGCAGACAAUUGAUCUUAGAAAGGACUUCUUUUUUAGCCACUCGUAUAAUAUCAUGAGAAGUUUCCAGAAGAAUUUUAAUGAUCCAAAGGAAGGAUGGGACCUGUAUGACACAAUGUUUGUAUGGAAUGAGUUUCUAACACGAGGGGUUCGCAACAUUCUAAAAAGUACCAUAUGGACUGUUGCGUUGGUCUAUGGCUUUUUUAAACAGGAUAAACUCGCAAUAUCUGGGAAAGACAUUAUGCUGACGCUUGUUGCUAGACGCUCGAGGCAUUAUGCUGGCACCAGGUAUUUAAAGAGAGGUGUGAAUGACGAGGGUAGUGUAGCAAAUGAUGUUGAGACUGAGCAAAUUAUUUUUGAGGACAUGCUUGGACCAAAGCAAAUAAGCUCUGUUGUGCAGAACAGAGGUUCCAUUCCCCUAUUCUGGUCUCAGGAGACAUCCAAGCUGAAUCUUAAGCCUGAUAUCAUAUUGCAUGAAAAGGACAAGAAUUAUGAAGCUACCAGACUUCAUUUUGAAAAUCUUAGGAUAAGAUAUGGAAAUCCUAUAAUCAUCCUAAACUUGAUUAAGAAACGUGAGAGGAGGCCACGUGAAUCUAUACUCCGCAGUGAAUUUGAUAAAGCAAUAAAGAUUAUAAAUAAUGAUCUACCAGGGGAAAAUCAUCUGCGAUUUUUACAUUGGGAUCUUCAUAAAAACUCUCAAAGAAAAAGUACAAAUGCCCUCCAAAUGCUUUUGAAAGUGGCUUUUGAAGCUCUGAACUUGACAGAGUUCUUUUACUAUCAAGUUCCUCCAGCUCGAAGGGCUGAGAGUUCCUUCAAUUUGCAUGCUCCAUUGAAGAAUGGUUUUGGUCCUCAUGAAUGUGAUGACAGCAACAAUGAUGAUAUCACAGACUGUAUCGAUAAUAUUGAUGAUAUGUCCCAAGAAGAUACUUGUGGCAGUUCUGAUACUUCUGGUAAUGGAACUGCAGAAGAUAUAGCCGAGGGCAAUGGAUCUAUAUCAGUAAAGCCUCCAAAAUUUCAAAAGGGUGUCCUACGUACGAACUGUAUAGACUGUUUGGACCGUACAAAUGUUGCUCAGUAUGCGUAUGGUUUAGCUGCUCUUGGACAUCAGUUGCAUGCACUUGGUUCUAUAGAAUCCCCUGAACUUGAUUUGGACUCCCCCUUGGCUCACCAUUUGAUGCAUUUUUAUGAGCGGAUGGGUGACACACUUGCUGUACAGUAUGGCGGUUCAGCUGCUCAUAACAAGAUAUUCUCUGCAAAGAGAGGACACUUAAAGUUCGCUAUCCAGUCGCAAGAGUUCUUCAGGACACUGCAAAGAUACUACAGUAAUGCAUAUAUGGAUGCUUACAAACAAGCAGCAAUAAACUUAUUUUUAGGAUACUUCCAGCCAUGUGAAGGUGAACCUGCACUUUGGGAGUUAGAACCUGUUGCUGGGGAGGGUGUCCUUGGUGAGAAUGCAAGUAAAUUGAUGAAAAGGGCAAGGUCAGAUGGCAGCAUUCUUCGGAAAAGCAACGCAUCCAUGUCCAGCAAUGGUCGAAAUGGAGUGUUAAAGUCAUCAUUUAUUGAUUCUAAAAGUGAGCUUCAAUCUCCAAACAGUUCUUCUGAUGCAAUAAACGAAAUUUCAUCAGCACCUGAUAAUACAGUUACAGUGUCAAAAUCAAGGUAUACUCCCACGGAACCUCAUGUUAAGCAUGUAAGCUGUGAGCUUGAUUACUGCAAUGGUUCUGGUGAUUCAAAUUUCCUGGACAUUGACUGGCUUUCAUCUUCAGACAACGAAAGGCCAACAACCAUAAGUACUCCUGAUGUGAAUGCUUCAGCCGAUAGUGUUUCUGCUGGUGUAUCCUCUAGGAGAACGGAAGAUCAUGCUGCAGAGAUUCAGGCUCAGGGGUUAUCGGAGCAUUUUGUUCAGUGGAUUGAUCAAGGGGAGACCUUUUGGUUCUAAUAUUGCUAGAUGAUUUCAUCACUCAUAGCCAAGCUAGACGACGGCAGUCGUUAUGAUACCACUGCAAGGAGGCGUAAGAUGUGAGACAAUAUCGCCCUUACCAUAUUCUCCUUGUGACUCAUGACUCUCCAAGGGGUCUGACCAUCCUCCAGAGUCCUCCAGGGAAGUGUACCAUUCUGUUUAUUUGUUGAGCUUGAUCACCGGUUAUACCUCUAGGGGCGAGUAGAUAGGCAUUGUUCUUAUUUUCUUAAAGGAAGGAAAGAAAGAAGGUAGGUAGUAUAUUAUUCUUUUGAUGUUGUACCAUUGUUCAGCCAUUCUCAUUGUUGUAAAUAUAUAUAUGAUGACCCAAGUGUUUUCCCUUUUUUCUUGAGUUGAGGUGGACAUGAAAGCACCAUUUUUCCCUCAACUUGUUUCUUUUCUUUCUUUUGCUGGGAUCUUAUGAGAUCUUAUGUACAUGUAUUUCAUUGCAACAGAAGAUAUGCUAUUGUGUAUUUUUGUACUCUUCUCGUACCAACGCGCCUCCCAAAAGGCACGACUUUAUCAUAUUAUUAUAUAUAUGGAGCAUUAUGAAAA